AUGGCUGACACGACAAACGUGGACGCCUCCAAGGUGGAGGAGCCCAAGGUGGACGCCACUCCGGCUGCGGAGGAAAAGAAGGUCGACGCCGCACCGGCAUCUGAGACCGCCCAGGCCGACCAGGCCGCGCCUGGCGACGCCCCGGCUGAAGCUGAGCCAUCUUCAAACGCCACAGCCACCGAGGAGAAAGCCACUACUGCCGAUCAGCCUAAGGAGGAGGUUGCAGGCAGUACCGAAGCUGCCGCUCCCGCUCCGGCGGCUACCGAGGCUAAGGCAGACGAAGCUAAGCCUGCCGAGGAGAAGAAGGAGGCAGCUAAGGGCGAAGGGGGGGCCGAGACCAAGCCGGCCGCUGAGGAGGCUGCCCCGGCCAAGGAGAAGGACUCCGCUGCCGCGGCCAAAGAAGCGACCCCCAAGAAGACGCCCUUCGAGGAGUUUGACGCUAAAGUGGCUGACAUCCUCAAGGAGAUCGACCACGAUGAGAUGUGGGGUGUGAAGCUUCUCACACCGGCCUCGUCUCACGUCCCCACCCAGAUUGUCAUUCAGAAGUUCCUCAACGCCAACGAUGGUGACCUGGCCAAGGCAGUCGACCAGUUCAAGGGCGCGCUCAAGUUCCGCAAGGAGAAGAAGCCUCUUGAGCUGAUCAAGAAGACUUUCAGCGCCACCAAAUUUGGGGACCUUGGUGCCGUCACCGUGUACACUGCCAAGGAUAGCAGUAUGCCUGAGGUGUUCACCUGGAACCUGUACGGCAAUGUGAAGGGCAAGAUUGAGGAGGCGUUUACACCGCUCGAGGAAUUCAUGGACUACCGAAUCGCCCUGCAGGAGCUCGGUAUCCAACAGCUCAAGCUCUCAGAGGCUACUGAGCCUAUCACCGCUGAGAAGGAUCCUUAUAAGAUCAUGCAGGUCCACGAUUACAAGAACAUCUCUUUCCUGCGCCAGCCCCCCGCCGUCAAGGCUGCCAGCUCCGAAGUGAUCAAGAAGUUUUCUCUUGCGUACCCUGAGCUGCUGAAGGCAAGACACUAUUCUCCACCCCAUUCAAUCCCGCCUGAGAAGUUCUUCGUCAACGUCCCCGCAGUAAUGGGCUGGAUGUAUGCAGUGAUCAAGGUGUUCAUCGCCCCGAAGACAGCCAAGAAAUUCCACCCCAUGGCCAACGGUGGCAACCUGGCCGCCGAGUUUAAGACUGCUGGCCUGGACGAGAAGCAGUUGCCGAAGGAGUACGGCGGUGAGGGCGGAUCUGGUGACGGGAAGAUGAAGGACGUCCCCGGUCUGGUUAGCGAGCUGAAGUUUGAGUAG